CAAUUUUUCUUUUUUUAUUGAGGAAAUGUGGCUUUCUGGAGAAGGGAGGGGAUUAAAGCAAUGGGAAAGGUUUCAGAAAGCUGCUCCUUUUGCAUGCAAGCAUCUGGCUUCCCCACAGCCUAUGGGAAGUUUGCAGUCUUCAACAGGCAGCUGACCAGAGCAGAAAGCUCUGCAAGCAGCUUCCAUUCAAGGGAAGGAAUUGUUGUGGUGCUGAAAAUGGCAAAGGCUUCCAGGAGGCAUGUGGAGUAGCCCAAGAGCUGUGGCACCCCGUUUGGAUAACCUUGUCAGAACCUCUCGGAAGUCUUCAGGCGGUGGGAGCAAACCAUUCGAAAUGAAGUUUGGAGAAUUUGUUGAGAGGCUUUUACAGAGCAGAAAAACAAUAAUGAAUUGCAUUGCCACAAUUAUCUUGGUUGUGGUUGAGGAAAAUAUGGAAUUUAACAUUAGCUGUGGGAUAGAGCCAUGGAACAAAAUAUAUUUUGCCUUAUUCAUAAUGGUGCCAUUCAUCAUCAUCUUGAUGCUGAAUUUUAUUAUUCAAGUGUAUUUUUUAAAGUCGUUCAAUGUUCAAAAAGAUAAGUGCUGCAGCAUGGCCUGGGAGAGUUCCUUCCCUGCCUGGAUGUGGAUUGUGAUUGUUUUUUUGGAUGGUAAAUACCUUCAGUGUGCAUUAGAUACACAUUCUUAUGAAUCAGGAUACACAGUUCCAGCUGAAACAAUAUCCCCGGUUGUUGGAUCAAUCUUGUUCUUAAUCAUUGUUAUAGUGGUUUUCAUACACUUUUGGGUCAAAAAUAAGAAGUCCGAGCAGCAUAACCUUGAGGAGGGUGAAGAGAUGGUGGGAGUUAAAUAAAGAGAUACCCCUGAGAA